AUGCUCGAGUCUGCGCCAAUCAACAGCAGCAGGGGCAGGUCAAGCCAGACCUGGACUUGCAGUUUCUUGCAGUUUAUUAUUGUCCUCAAUUUGUGCAGAGUCUCAGUUUUGAGGCGGUCAGCUGACCUGCCUCCUCCCUUUCUCCCUCGUUUUCUCCCUCUCUCCCUGUCGCGUGUCAGCCUGUUGUCCUUUUCUGCCCAGCUUCAGCGUCCAUUCUUUGAUUUCUUUCUAUAUAUACUGAUCUAUUUUUUGAGCUUCAUCUUUGCUGUCCAUAACUUCAAUGCCCUAUCGUCUGCUCUAACCCCACCCGGUUAG